AUGGCACAUCGAACUUCCGAUCUCGUUGGCCAAGUCGAUCCGGCUCAGAGCUUUAACACAGAAGCCCUCCUCCGCUACUUGUCUGCCCAUGUCGAUGGCUUCCCUCCUUCUCCAUCUCAAUUCUCCGUUUCUCAGUUUGGGCAUGGCCAAUCAAAUCCUACAUUUCUCGUUGAGGUCCAUUCAGGAACUGAAGUGAAGAAAUAUGUAUUACGAAAGAAACCUCCUGGUGAACUGCUUCAAUCUGCUCAUGCUGUUGAGAGAGAAUAUGAGGUCCUGCAUGCAUUGGGUACUUGUACACUGGUGCCAGUCCCUAAAGUUUUCUGUUUGUGUACGGACUCAAGUGUGAUUGGAACACCAUUUUACAUAAUGGAGUAUUUGGAAGGGCGCAUUUUUAUUGACCCCAAGCUCCCAGAUCUACCACCUAAACAAAGAAAGGCAAUAUAUCAUGCAACUGCCCAAGCUUUGGCCUCAAUUCAUUCAGUUGAUGUUGAUGCUAUUGGUCUAGGCAAUUAUGGGAAGCGGAAUAACUACUGUAAGCGACAGGUUGAGAGGUGGGCCAAACAGUAUCUUUUAUCCACUGGUGAGGGUAAGUCUGAGAGAAAUCAGAAAAUGUUGGAACUGGCUGAUUGGUUGCAGAAGCACAUUCCCCUGGAAGAUUCUUCUGGGGCAACAGCAGGUCUUGUCCAUGGUGACUUUCGAAUUGAUAAUAUUGUGUUCCAUCCCAUAGAGGACAAAGUCAUUGGGAUUCUUGAUUGGGAACUUUCCACUCUUGGUAAUCAGAUGUGUGAUGUUGCUUACAGCUGCUUGCACUAUAUUGUCAAUAUUGCAUCAAUUAAUCUAGAAGAGAAUGAUGGUUUUGAACUUAGAAGUUUCCCUGAGGGCAUUCCUUCUCUAGUGGAAUACCUGGCAGAUUAUUGUUCAGCAGCUGGAAGGCAGUGGCCUGCUACACAGUGGAAGUUCUACAUUGCAUUUUCAUUAUUUCGUGGAGCAUCAAUCUAUGCAGGUGUACAUAACAGAUGGAUCAUGGGUAAUGCUUCGGGGGGUGAACGUGCCAGACUUGCUGGAGAGAGGGCUAAUUCUUUCAUUAGAACUGCAUGGUCAUAUAUUGGAAGACAAUCUGUUCUCCCGCCACAUUUCCCAGCUGGGACAAUUGCAUCAGAUGGAAUGCAACAAUCUGGUCAUGAAAGUCAAAAUCUUGUCUUCCCCAUUGGAGCCAAAUUUGUGCCUAAUAAAAAAAUUCAAGAUUUGAGAGACAGAUUGAUCAAGUUUAUGGAGCAUCACGUAUACCCAAGGGAAAAUGAAUUCUACAAACUUGCUCAGUCUACCAUGCGUUGGACAAUUCACCCGGAUGAGGAAAAGUUAAAAGAGCUGGCAAAAAGAGAAGGCCUUUGGAACUUGUUUAUACCUUUUGAUAGUGCAGCUCGAGCAAGAAAACUUCUUUUUGGAGAAAGCAGUGACACUACAUCAAACAGCAAAUAUGAUUGCUUAUUGGGUGCAGGACUCUCCAAUCUAGAAUAUGGGUAUCUCUGUGAGAUAAUGGGUCGUUCUAUUUGGGCACCACAGAUUUUCAACUGUGGGGCACCUGAUACUGGAAAUAUGGAGGUAUUACUUCGAUAUGGGAAUGCAGAACAGAUGAGGGAAUGGCUUGUUCCCUUGCUUGAGGGAAAGAUACGAUCUGGCUUUGCGAUGACAGAACCACAAGUUGCAUCCUCAGAUGCAACCAAUAUAGAGUGCUCCAUAAAAAGGCUUGGGGAUUCAUAUAUCAUCAAUGGAAAGAAAUGGUGGACUAGUGGUGCCAUGGAUCCUAGGUGCAAACUUCUCAUUGUUAUGGGGAAAACUGAUCCAACAGCUCCGAUGCAUAAGCAGCAAUCCAUGAUUUUAGUAGAUAUAAACUCCCCAGGUAUAAAGAUAAAGCGACCACUGACAGUGUUUGGUUUUGAUGAUGCACCACAUGGGCAUGCAGAAAUAGUGUUUGAGAAUGUGUGUGUCUCAGAGAAGAACAUUCUUCUUGGAGAGGGGCGUGGGUUUGAGAUUGCACAGGGUAGGUUGGGUCCUGGAAGGCUGCAUCAUUGCAUGAGGUUAAUAGGUGCAGCUGAACGUGGUAUGCGGAUGAUGGUUCAGAGGGCUAGUGAGAGAAGAGCUUUUGGAAAGUUUAUUGCUGAGCAUGGUUCAUUCCGUUCUGAUGUUGCCAGAUGCCGAAUAGAAGUGGAGAAAACGAGAUUGCUAGUUCUGGAAGCUGCAGACCAGCUUGAUCGGUUAGGGAACAAAAAGGCUCGUGGUACCAUAGCAAUGGCAAAGGUAGCAGCUCCAGAUAUGGCACUGAAAGUAAUUGACAUGGCAAUGCAAGUGCAUGGAGCAGCUGGGUUAUCAGGGGACACUGUUCUAGCACAUCUCUGGGCUACAGCCAGGACGUUGAGAAUAGCAGAUGGUCCAGAUGAAGUGCACUUGGGGACCAUUGCAAACUUAGAGUUACGGAGACCCAAACUCUGAUCAUCCUCAAUCCUCAAUCCUGAAGAAGACACAAUCAAUAAAUAAAUAAAUAAUGUUAGUUUCUUUGAUUAAGGAAAUAAAUUUGGAUUGCACUUUGUAAUUUGGACAUAUGAUCCGGCUGGCGGAGUAAUAAGAAUUCGAAAAAGAACGAAA